CUACCAGGUGGCUCAUGAACCGAGGUUUCGCUGACGAGGAGGUGCGAAAGUCGAUAGUGUUUUACCGAGGGCGAACAACGGACAUCGGUAACGAGCUGAAGGAGAUCCGUCAGUCGCUGCAGGGCCGGCACAACCUCAACAUCGCCAGACAGAUCCACCUCAUCUUCACCGACUGGGACGUGGGCAAGCCCUGCCUGCUGAUGUUCAUCCAGUUUACGUUCGAGACCUUCUGCGGCGGCGUGGUGCUCACGCAGUUCGCGCAGAGCGUGUUCCAGCAGGCCGUCCAGUCGCUGUCACCAAUCAACUGCACACAGAUCCUGGCCGCACUCCAGAUGGCGGCAAUAGCCGGUUCCGGCUAUCUCCUGCAGCUGUUCGGUAGAAAGACGAUCCUAAUUGGCGCAGCCGUGCUCACCUGUUCUGCACAGCUAGUGGUAGCCGCAUUUUUCCAAUUCGAGGACACUCUGGGCUCCCAGCAGUGGCUGGUGGUGGUCGGUAUCGUGGUGGCCAAUGCCGCCAGUAACGGAGGCAUCUCGCAGCUCUCGCACCUCUUCCUUGGCGAGCUGCUGCCCACGAGGGUUCGUCAGAUGGUCGGCAGCGCCGUGUCCCUCUACAUGGGGGCGCUCAGCGCCGUCUUCAUCCACCUCUUCCCCGUGUUGACCUCCGCGGUGGGAUCGGCGGGGCUCUUCGCCGUGCUGGCCGCUGUGAACGUGCUGCAGGUGACGUUUGCGUACUUCUGCCUGCCCGAGACCAGAGGUUUGAGUCUGGAGGAGGUUCAGGUGCGACAUUUCAGCAGCAAAAAGAAGAUGGAAGCUGAAAAGGCGAUUGAACAGAGAGAGCAGGAAGUGCCAAGCAUAGAGAUAAUCACAGGUGACAGCUUGGGUGGCCUAAGGAACGGAAUGAAGACACCAAGUAACGUGAACACGACGAAUGAUAGCCACAGCGGCAACAAUGAGAACCCGAAGGCAGACGAGAAGCAACACAAAGGCACGCUAAACGCAGCUUAUGAAGAUACUGAGCAAGGACUUAGACGACGGAAAACUAGCGACCGGUCCGAGUCCGAAUGCUACAGCAGCGACUGUAACAGUCAGCGAAAGGCAUCAACGACGACUUUGGAAACACCGACAGAUAAAGAAAUGAGCUUCAGUCAAAUACCGCUGGAGGACGAUACACCACAUGAGCAGCCAGCUGCGACGGUGGAGGAGAGCGAUCACGUGUAAUUGAGUUUGACAAGCUGCGUUGCAUGAUGUAUUGCCAAGUGACUACCUUAUACAACUUUGUAAAUAUCGUUCCUGGAUCCCAGAGAGUAUGUGUGACCUCUGUUUGGGAUCAAACGGAAGCAGAUUUAUAUAGCGUCGGAGCAUCCCCGCAUUGAUAUGCGGAAAACAGAGAAUAAAUCGCAAAUAAGUAGCCGUAAUGAGACGAGGAGUGACGCAGCUGCAUCGUCAUGUGUACAUACAUGCGUACGUACAAGGUGAGCUUAAACUUGUAUUAUUGUCCAUGGAGUCGCGGCGCGUGUGACAAAUAAAUGCAAUGUGAUCUGUUGAGGCAAACUGCGUCAUUUCAUUCCAAUAAUGCACGACUCGAAAUACAAAAUGAACGGAAGAUUA